AUGGCUCACCGAGCUCCUAUCCUCUUGGAUCACUUCCGCGAUCAAUUGCAAAAGCACCCUUCAUUAAUUGCGGUUGAGGACGGCACAAAAUCGCCGGACCAGAAAACCUGGGAGAGAAUCACAUACGCACAGCUGGAUGCUCUGUCUGAGCAAUGGAGCAACCGUCUUCGCCUGGCUGGCAUUCGCACCGGCUGCGUGGUUCCCCUUUUAUCUAACAGAUCAAUUGCCAUGGUAGCCGCUACAUUGGCAAUCUUGAAACUUCGCGCGGCUUAUGUGCCCAUGGACACAUGCUCGUGGGGACAAGAUAGAAUAGAAACCGUUCUCAGAACCGUUGGCCCACAGCUGAUCGUGUCAACGUCCACAUGUCAGCAGGGUCAGUACCCAUACCCAGUUUUGGUUCUGGGCCCCUGUGACUCCGGUGACUCCGGUGACUCCGGUGAGAUAGCAGCGUAUAAUGAAUCACACUGCGUACUAGAAGAUGAGGACUUCGAAGAGAGAGGGAACGAUCUGGCAUACAUCAUCUUCACAUCCGGCACAACUGGGAAACCGAAAGGAGUGCAGAUCGGACAGACAUCGAUUUCCCGUUAUGUGAAAGAGGGAGGUGAUUUGCCAUUUAAUUUCAACACCAAACAUGGCACAAGGGUAUUGCUUAUAUGCUCGAUUGCUUUUGACGUCUGUGCUGGGGUCAUGUUCAGUACCCUCUGUAACGGCGGAACCCUGGUUCUAGCUGAUCCAUCUACAUUUGAAGUCGCCGCCAGAACAUGUCAUAUUCUACCAUUGACUCCAAGUAUUUUAGUUACAUUGGAUCCUGGAGCUGGCUUCGACACAGUGGAAGCGAUUUUCCUCGGUGGCGAAAGUCCAAGCCCAUCCCUGAUAGAGGCAUGGUCCUCUCCCCGCCGGAGGAUCUACAAUUCUUAUGGGCCAACCGAGACAACCUGUACAGCCCUUAUGGGGGAACUCAAGCCAGGAUCCCCUGUUACCAUCGGCUUUCCAGUCUCAUAUAGCACUGUCAUAUUGCUUGAUUCGGCGGGUAUGGAAUCCACAGAAGGUGAAAUCUGUAUUUCUGGCCUAGGUCUGGCGUGGGGAUACUUCCGUGACACAGAUCGAACCAACAACGCUUUUUUCAGAAGGGGCGAGGCAAUGAUUUACAAAACUGGUGACUAUGGGAAAUGGACCGAGAACGGACUACUUUUCUGUGGCCGUAGAGACGGUGUGGUCAAGAAUAGAGGGUUCUUGAUCAACCUCGAAGCGGACGUCGAGCCUGCUUUGCAGUCCUUUGGCAAAGUCGACAGAGCAUCAGCUUUCAUGUCACAGGGUCGGCUAGUUGCUUUCGUUACGCCAGUGUCUGCCAAGGAGGGGCUUCGCGAUCAUCUCGAACGUACCGUAUCCUCCUUUCUAGUCCCUGACACGAUUUACUCACUGGAUGAGUUCCCCACGACAGGCAACGGAAAAGUUGACCGAAAAGGCCUGAUGCGUAUGCAUGAGCUGGAGCAAUCAUCAGAUACAGCCAUCGAGAGUGGACUGGGUCCAUCUGAAGCAGUUCGUAGAGGGCUUUCAUAUGUCCUCCAACUUCCAACAUCACGUAUUCUCCAGACAUCGUCUUUCCGCCAGCUUGGAGGCCACUCCCUAGCAGCAGUUAUGCUAGUCUCGGUACUCAGGAGAAUGGGGUUUGGUAUCAAUGUCGCCCGAGUGCUUCUAUUAGAUACAGUUGAGACUAUAGCUGCGGCUGUCAAAACGUUGGCCGAUGAUUCAUAUGCCCCCUUCGCUCCUGAUGAUGCGACAGAACGGCUAAUGCAUGAGAUGAGGACCACCUUGCCGCUUGAAGGUGCGACUCUCGCGCCUAUGGCCGACAUUCAAACCAGGAUGCUCAGCGGCAGUGUAGCCAGUCCGGGUCUGUCAUUUAUCAAGACGUCCUUCACUUUCCAUCAUCCGGGUAAACAAGACCUUUCAUCCAUCCUCCGCGAUUCUUGGCUUCGUCUUUGUCUACGGCACGAGAUCCUGAGGACUUCCUUUGUCCUAAGCGCAUCAAAUGGAGUCCAAGUGAUAGCCAAGGAGCCGGGGUUCUCGUGGGAGGAGGAGAUCGCUAUAGAAUCUGAAUGGGAAUUAGUGUGUCGACGCAAAGAGCUUCUGGCUGUGGACGACUUUGUAGACUUUGACGUAGAGGAUCAAGCGUCACUGUCCAGAGUUGUUCUAGUUGUCGCUCCCAGCAAGCGAACGCGGUUCAUUUGGACAGUCCAUCACAGCUUGAUUGACGGAUGGUCGAUGGCAACUCUUAUGCGAGACUUUGCCGACUGUCUCGAAAAUAGACCAAUCCCGGCACCACCACAAUUUGCUCGAGUUGUCCAAGAGAUAGAUCGGCUCCGGGUCGAGUCCUCAGAUAGGGCUGUCUCAUUCUGGAAGGGAUACUUGGAAGGAUACACACCAGUCCCAAGACUUCGAGUAUCACCACCAACUGAUGUUAGCGACUACACGCAAGCAACUUUAUCACGAAGAUUGACCACCAGCGUGUCUGAACUGGAGGCUGUGGCAAAAGAUCGAUUUCAAGUAUCACCGGCCACGUUGCUUUACGCCGCUUGGGGACUUCUCAUUUCCAGGUACUCGGGAACAGACCGGGCAGUGCUAGGCGCCGUUCUAUCUGGACGGAGCUUACCGAUACCUGGCAUAGAGAACAUUGUUGGCCCAUUAAUUAAUGUAUUACCACUGGCCAUAGAUACUCGAGAGGACCAGCCAACACACAAUUUCGUUCAAGCUGCGUUCAGACGGCUAUGUGAUGUCUUGGAAUUUCAGUGGUCUCCUGCUUCAUUGAUCCAAGAUGGCUGUGGAUGCAACCCUGCAGAGCUCUUCGAGACACUCUUCGCUUCGCAGUAUGGCUUCCCAGAAUCUCCUUGGGAUUCACUCGCGGUUUCUCAACCCAGCGAUAUCCGCUAUCUUGAGGCGACUCAAGUUCCACUCACUGUUCUGUUGAAUGGUGCUGAGGGCCACUUUGACGUCCAAUUUAUUUAUCGCCGGUCACAUUUCAGCAAUACCGUCAUCCAAAGAAUGAUUUCUCACCUCGAUAAUCUCCUCACGUCCCUGACUACUGCGGAUCCAAACACAGAAUUGAGAAACGUGACGAGAAAAAUGCUCGAGGCGGAUCGACAGUAUCGAAUAUCGAAUGAAAAACCUAGUCAGCUGGAUAGCUCUCGCGAAGUGCCGCAGAAUCUAGUCGAGGCUAUCGAAAACUCCAUCCAAGCGCAUGCUGACAUGUAUGCAGUCGAAGCACCGACGGGGAGCCUCACAUAUCGGGAGUUUGGAAGACUGACAGAGCACAUCGUCGCGUGUAUUCUGCAACACAACGGACGGGGCAAUGUUAUCUGCGUGGUCAGUGAUGGUUCUCUACUUUGGCUUCUUGCCAUGAUUGCAACAGUCCGAGCAGGCGCUAUCUACUGUCCAAUUGAUGAGAAAUUGCCUCGCGUCAGAAAGGAUUACAUGAUUCGAAAUAGUGGAGCUACCUUGGUUCUAUUUACCAAGUCUAGUCAUGAGCCGGUAUGCGACGGGAUUCCAUCUUUAGUCAUGGAGUCCAUUAUAGCGAGCAUCUCUUCAAGUUCCGCAUUAGCCACUCCAGUCAGUCGUAAUCAUCCCAGUGGUGAUGAUGUCGCUUGCUUGAUCUUCACUUCAGGAAGUACCGGCCUGCCUAAAGCCGUGCAACUGCAGCACAAAGGCAUUCUUAAUGUUGUUUCCCAGCCAGAGGGGCGACUGUACUCCCGUCCAGGCCAGCGUAAUGCACAAAUGCUGUCCCUUGGGUUUGAUUGCUGCAUCAAAGAGGUCUUCUCUACUAUCUGCUUUGGCGCAGCCUUGGUUCUGAAAGACCCAGAGAACCCUAUUGCCCAUCUUACGAGAGUUGAUGCAACUAUGGCAACCCCAUCCCUGCUCGCAACCUUAGAACCUGACGACUAUCCUAAUCUCAAAGUUAUCACCGCGGCUGGAGAAGCCGUGUCUCAGGUUCUUAACGAUAAAUGGGCUUUCGGAAGAACUUUGAUCAAUGGGUAUGGCCCUGCCGAGUGCACUUUAAUAUCGACCACAGCAAUCCUCCACCCGGGAAGCAAAGUGUCAAUCGGUAAGCCACUCUCAGGUUUAUCAUGCUACUUGCUCGACUCCUAUGGACGCCCCGUGCCUAUAGGAGUCAGUGGAGAAAUAUGUAUCUCGGGAGUACAGGUUACUCCGGGAUAUCUUUGCAAUGAGCAAGAAACAGCCAGACGCUUCCUUAGUGACCCUCUCAGACCUGGCCAAACGAUGUUCCGGACCGGAGACAUCGGAAGGAAGCUAGAAGAUGGGAACAUUGAGUACAUUGGACGAGAAGAUGAUCAAAUCAAGCUCCGCGGUUUUCGAAUCGACCUCGGCGAGGUUCAAAGUACAAUCUCCAAGCUUGCCACUGAGGCCAAAAACGUUGCCCUAGUGGUGUCUAACGGUAAUCUGCUUGCUUUUAUGACGCCUGAGAACAUCGACGUCGAGAGCUUAAGUAAAAGCUUGGAGUUGCACCUCCCGCAGUACGCCGUCCCACAUCGAAUCAUCGCGCUUGCAAAACUCCCUACCUCGGCAAAUAACAAGGUUGACUCAUUUACAUUGCGCACGUAUUUGAAAGAUCAAGGAACUAGUGGUGUUGCUGUGGAAGAGCCUGAAACGGAUACGCAGAGAAAUCUUGCAGCUAUCUGGGCAGAUGUGCUUAGGCGCGAUCUGAACCAGAUGCCCAUCGGUCCCAGUGACCGUUUCUUUGAACUCGGAGGCCACUCCUUACUGCAGAUCAAAGUCGCUCAAUCCAUUUUCAAACACUGGGAUAUCCGGCCAUUGCCACUCAAGCAUGUCAUUCGCCACCAUAGCCUUCGGGAUCUGUCGUUUGCCAUCGAUGAGCUUGUAAGUAAUUCGACGAGCAAGGUGUCAACUACACCAUUCCUUGAGAGUUCUCCGGUUCCACGAGACGGCCCGCUUCCUCUCUCGUACCUCGAGAAAGAAAUGCUUCUCAACCACCUCAUAUCUGGCGGCUCACCGGCAGGAAACAUGAACUUUGUCUGCAGUAUUCGAGGUAAUAUCGACGCCGGGGUCUUGGCAGAUGCGUUCCAGAGAGUUACUGCAGAUAUCGAAGUGUUUCGAACCAGGUACUCUGUUGUAGCCGGGACUCUCUUCCGACAACAGGCUCCAGCAACUGCUCAUAUUCCUUGUGUGGUCCAAACUGGCAACCUCAACUCAUUUGUCCACCAGAAAAUCACCAGAUCCUUUGAUCUUAGCAUAGAACCGCCGUUGGACGUCUCAAUCAUCAUAGGGGACCCAGUACAAAUAAUGCUGGUGGUUGUUAUGUCACACGUCGUCGGUGACGCAGCCACAAUGGCAACUUAUCUCAACCGAGUCUCUCAGACAUAUAAUCUCUUAACUUCGAACGUCUCAAAGGCCAAGCUGACUACCACACCAGAUGCUUUGACCUAUAUCGACUGGGCGCAAUGGGCUUCAGCACUCGAACACAAUCCCCGUACCCUCGCAUUCUGGUCAUCGUAUCUUUCCAACCCCCCCUCCCCGCUUACAUUCGGAAAUCUUUCCCCUGGAGCAGUAACUUACAUGGGCUUUACUCGCUCCUGGACGCUCCCUUCCUCAAUGCAACGCAAUCUAUCCAAGCUUGCAGAGAAAUCUACUGUAACGAUGCAUCAGCUCAUCUUAGGAGCCGUAUUCAUUACUCUGCAGUGCGUUGAUCGCCGAGACGACAUCCUGCUCGCAGCUCCUUUCAUGCACCGUUCAGAACCCGGAACUGAGUCGAUCCCAGGCCUCUUCCUCGACAGGCUCGUCCUCAGGAUUCAGCGGCUUUCUGGCCAGAUCUCCCUCUUCAGUUUCCUCUCUUCCAUACGCGAAACUAGUCAGCAAGCUCUCGCACACAUCGUUCCCUACCAAUCCCUCCGCUCUCAUCUCGCCCACAAGCCAAGCCUCAUCAAUCCACUCUUCCAAGUUAUGGUAGCCUACCACAUUGCCGCUGAACAGCAACCACUGCUUGAGCUUCACGGCGCAGAAGUACAGCCCAUCCCAUGCCGUGAAACAGGUGGCUCCAAGUUCCCUUUAAAGAUUGAGUUCACCGAGACAGCAAUUGAGGAUCUCCGGGUUGAUAUAGAAUAUGACAUGGGAUGCAUCAGCGAAGAUAUUGCCAUGAGGCUUGAAUUUGCGCUUUCUUUUACGUUACAGCUUAUGGUUACUGAGAAGGAUGUUGGGGAUAUUAUUCAGCUGGUUGAGAUGUCGUUUCGUCCUGGCACAGAACAUGGACAAGUGGAAUCGGUCUCAAGGCAGACUAACGGAGAAAACAAGACAGAUUCUCUCAUGGGAGAAACAAGGAUCGAAAUGAGCCUCAAGAAUGCAGUUUCCGAGUGUCUGGGACUUGAAACCGAGACAAUAGACCCUGAGCAGUCAUUUUGGGAUCUCAGUGGUCAUAGUAUGGAUGCUCUGAAACUUCAACACCUAUGUGAGAAGCGAGGAGUGCGGGUGGGACUACGGGAUAUCUUCAUUUCCCGGAGUAUUUUAGAGCUAUCAGCUUGCGCCGGGACGAUUUAA